UGUUACAUCUUGAUUGUGUCAUUUGUCGCACAAUCGAUGUAGCGGUGUCGCUUAAAAGGAUUCAGUUUCUGCUUGGUAGUUAUCUCGUAAAGAAUGGCAGGUUUUCAAGUCAUUGUGUCUCUGCUACUCCUGGCAGCGCUCAGCGUUGCAGCUGACGACGAAGAGAAGGGUCCUUUGAGUUGGGAACCGGUUACUCGGGGAGAGGACCCUCCUGAUAACGCCAUCAUCGGAGGCUUCCGGAGGGUUGCGGGUAAAGACCAGCCGGACUACGUGGGGCGAGUCUGGCGUGCUUCGGCCAUCAUCCCUGGGGGCGUCUCAAAGUACGACGGGAAACACUACGCCUCCGCCACCCUACGGGGAACUUCAUACGUAAAUUUAGAUACGUACGAGGUAGCAGUCGAUCACUCGUCCCGGAUUCGCUGGGUCCCGGCCGCUUUAGGGGCUGUACCGACGGGGGCGGUGCCGUCGGGGGUCACCGCUGACGGUCAGCCUCUGUAUGUCUGCCGGGUGAUGGACACCGACCUCAGUGUUCACAAAGAUCAGUUUAUGCUGAGAGUGGGAGUGCUGGACACCGAGUCAAAGAAGUGUCACAUGGAUUUCCACGGACCUCAAGCUUUCCCCACGUACGAAGUACUUGUCAGCGAUGACUAGAUGAUCACGUCCGUAAUUCGACCGAUACGAACCCGCUAGGGACAGCCUAGGGAGCUCUCAUAGCGCCUGACAGGUAGGCAACAUCUUGCCACUGGAGCAUGCGUGUACUGCGGGGUAGCCUACCCCGAGUCUCACAGGCGCCGAUAUAAAUAAAUAUGAGGAAAACGCACGUACUUUCUGGUUAAUGUCAAAUCUCGGCGCUUAAAACUGUUUUAAAAACACAAACACAAAAUGUGAUGUAAAUUAGUAUUACGUAAUAAACGAUGAAGAAAAAAAGUCCUUA